GUUGUUGUGUUUGGUGGGAAGAUGUUGGUCCAACACCUUUUUCCAUUCUGCUUGGCAGGCCUCGCUGCUGCUGCCGCAACCGAUGAUGGCUCCUCUGACACCUCGAAUGUUUGUAACAAAGCGGAUGUUGCAUUGGUACAGUUCAACACACAAACUCAUCCUGGUCUAUGUCAGACAUGGCUCGAUGGUCAAGGAGCCAAGGUACCAAUCGAGGGCAUGACCCCGGAAGAGCUUACGGCUGCUUGUGCUUGCAUCUCAUCCGCUUCACAAGAGAUGAAGCUUGCUCUGCAGCAGCCUGUCGUAAGAAUUGCGAAGACUUCCGCGAAACCGGCACCCAAGACCACUGCCAAGACUACCGCAAAGACCACUGCAAAGAAUACUCCAAAAACGACUGCGAAGACAACUCCGAGCACGCUGAAAACAUCGACAAAGCCCGCUACUUCGGUGAUAAAGACGACUUCUAAAGCUUCCAGUUCUUCUCGAAUUGGAGCUUUGUGUGGUAUUCAGCAAACUCCAUGCAGCAAGCUUACAUUGAAGCCUAUCUCAUUGAAACCUUUGUCGAAAACCACUACAGCGUCCACCACUUCUAGCUCGUCGAGUCGACGCUGCAUCGGGAUCGCAUGCAGCAAGCUCACAGCAAAGUCUUCAGCGACCACGUCAGUCAAAGGCAGUGCAGGUAACAAGAGCUCUACCAAGACGACAAUCAACGGCUCCAAGUCGUCUUUGUCAGCAUCCAAAUCCGGUCCUAAAGUAACCUCAGCCUCCAGAUCAGGCACCAAGCUGUCGAGCGCUUCAAAGAGUGGUACAAGAGUGUCAUCUGCUUCGAAGAGCACGAAGGGGGCAUCUUCCGUCACAGGAACUCUAGGCAAGGGUGUAAAGACAUCUUCGUCGUCCACGCGUAAGACUAAGCCCACAUCUAGUGCUGCCUCGGGUGAUGGCUCUGGAGCGAGCUCUGGCGAUGAUGGCUAUGAUGGCGGGAAUGAUGGAUCUCCAGCAACAACUCCAGCAGGCGACGAUGGAUCUGCCGCUUCCACAUCAACAAUGGACGAUGGUUCUGCUGCUACGACCUCAGCGGGUGAUGAUGGUACUGCUGUAACAACUCCAGCAGGGGAAGAUGGCUCGGAUAGUGGCUCAUUCCCGACCUCUGCGCAAGGCGAUGACAACUCUUCAGUCACGUCGACUUCGACUAUUUCGGCGUCUACUUUGACCUCAACCAAGUCCAAAACCGCCACUUCAAUCAAGCCAAGUACGAAGAAGUCGUCUAUUUUGAACAAGUCGACACAAUCCAGCGGCUUUGCUUCGACCUCGGUGCCCUCCGGUCCAACGGUGUCGCCAACAGGCGAUUUAGCAAGCACAUCUACCACAUCUAUCGUCAAGCCGAGCCCAGUUUGCACCUCUCCCCUUACUGCUAAUGAGGUUUUCCAGUUGUACAUUUCUGGGACCGACUCAGCGAUAGAUGGCACUCCGAUGCAAGGUCUCACGAAUGGUGCCACUGCUGUUGGGUUCAACGUCGGCUACGUUGCGCUCAACUUUACUCUCGAUUGUACUACUGGUUACGUAUACUGGGGGUCGAACUCAGUGUUGUCGGGCAACAGACAAGCGUUCUCAGUCAAAAGUCAGUCGACCGUGGUCGCGCCUCUUGGCGAUUCGAACAAUGCGCCUUUGAGUUGCAGCCUCGAUAGCGAUCUCAUCUUGACUUGCCAAUAUACGUCUUCUCGUACCCCUGAUAUCUUCCAGAAUUGGGCAGUCAGCACUGGCGAUGCUCGAUACCUCGCUAUGUCCCAGGGCAACUCGACCGGUAUCACUCUCAAAGCCGUCCCUCUGAGCUCGAACACAGCUAUCACAUAUCCCACACACUCGACCAACCAAAAGCUUCUCACUAAUGGCGAAUUUGCCGCAAGCUCUGUAACACCUUGGGCCAAGUUCACCCAAGGUAAGAGUUCAGAUAUGCAACUCGGCACACCCGCAGUCAACGCGUCCCAGUCUUGUUAUGCAUUCGCUGGUAUGCUUUCCAUCACUCCCAAUAGUAACUUUGUCAACGGUUAUGCUUGGGGCGGAAUCAGCCAGCCUGGCGUGACACUCUACAUGGGCGAACAACUCUUCGUCGGUUAUGACCUUUUCUUGAACUACCCUACUGGCCUACCCACCGGUGUGCGAUGUGACAUUCAAGUCAAGGCCACGGAGCAUGAUACUUUGAGCUACGUGCGCUACGACAGCACCAGUCCUGCUUUCGUGUCGUUUAACACAACCACUUCUGCAAGCUAUAACGGAACCGGCAGUUUCUCGAUCACCGCAUACUGCCAGGGGCAGCCUGGUGGUUCAUGGCCAGCACUCAAUCUUGGCUUCAACAAUGCCAGAAUACUGGCCGCUUACGAUCCUACUGAUGUUGGCGCAGCUCUGACCUGUGGUUUCAAGCAAGCCAGGGAUACUAUUCAAUCAGCUACGCUACAGCCCUAUUGUUCCUCGUUGCUGUCAUAUAGUACACCAACAACGACCUCGACACAAGUCAUCAGCACGACCACGACUUCGACAAUCACUGUCAACUAUGGCCGGCGCAGAAGAAGCAUCAUUACGGCUGCUCCUAUGGCUGCAGGAGAGCCUCUGAGACGUCGACAGCUCGAUGCGUCCGUUGCUGCUUCGACCACGACGUCGAGCGUGGUGGAUGGGGAGCCUAGCGUUCUUGCCACGUUUUCUCCUCAGGAUGUGACCAAUGCGUGUAGUGUCGAGGCCACAUCUGUCACGACCACCGUCACCGAAGUUGUAUCAACAACAACGACACUCACAGCUUACGCAACGGCAACGAAUCUUCCAAACCUUUUCCUCCUCUCUAGCUCAGGAGAUCAAAGUCGUUUCGUCAGCCGAGGCGGCUCAGGCGAGGUCGUGUUCACUCAGGACAAAAACGCAGCUAUGCCCUUCUUCAUUGACAGUUCUGGCACUCUUCGUUCGUGGCAAGACCCUUCUAUGACCCUCGUCGAUCACUACGAGCCGGAUUCUGGUACGGCAGACAACAAGAUAUACAUCGAGGCUCCUUCUUCUGGAUCAUAUACAGUGACUUGCAGUUACAAAGGCAGUACUGCUGGGAGCUACUAUGGCAGUUGCCAAAGCAGCGGCCCACCAAACGGUAAUCCUGUAGUAUAUGGAUUUGGUUGGUGUCCUUCGACGCAAAAUCUGUACAUGAUACCCAACAGCUCAAACGUCAGAUGCGGAGGUGGGUACGCGUUCCUGGGCUUCUUCCUUAUCUUGGCCAACGGAGAGCGUAGCCGUCUUCGCCAUGCUGUUUGGGCUGUCAAGCAGGCUGAAUUGGAUAUCGAGUUUUCCGACGACGAGGACGGUGAAGGCGCCAAGUUGCUGGCACUCGCCAGUCGCUUCUUGGCUCAAGCCCGGGCAGAUGCAGUCAUUGUCAUUGACGACAAGGAUGAGGAGGACGAGGACGAGGACGGUAUGCGCAAGGAGAUCAAGGGAGAGGAUGUCCAGGAGGCGAGCGAGGUCAACGAGAAAACCGACGAUCACAAGGCUCCUACUGAAGCGCACAAGUUCGGUGGUGCCGUCGUCAGGUGGCAGUACCAGGGGCGAAAUCCUCUGAUUCCUAGAUCUGAGGUGAAGCAGAGAGUUGUGGGUGGCCGACGACACCGAAAGAGACUUGCUUUGGAGGCCACUAUCGUGCCUCUACGUUCUCUCACAUAA